AAAGAUUUUUUUUUCAUUCUUAGUCCCAAUAUGUAGUAUAUAUAACAAACAUGCUUGGAAAAAAAUUUACUUACUCAUACAAAAUUCUACAAAUAAACUUAAGAUUAUAGCCAUGAAUUAUGAAAAUUAUGAUCCUUUUUUCCCUGACCAACCUGUUGUGGAUCUUUAUCUUCCAAUUUGGGCUAAACUUUCAAGUUUUAAGUCCAAACCAGCUUUCAUUUGGGCUGAAGAUGGCCCAUUGGAUCAGUUUUCGUCGAUCACUUACGAGGAGUUGAAUAGUUCAGCCCAAUGUAUUUCUUGUGAAUUGUUACUUAGUUUAAGAAAAAAUGAUAUUGUUGUUGUUUUAUGUUCACCAGGACUUGAAUUUGUUGAAGUGAUUUUUGGUUGUCAAAGGGCUGGAGUUUUAGCUGUUCCUAUUAGCCCUCCUCACCCGUCUUUUUCGAGUGGUAAUUGGCAUCAUUUACUUAGAGUUGUGUCUCAAACAAGGCCUAAAGUUGCUAUAGCACAACGCGAAUACAUCAAACAUGUUGAGAAGUAUGUUGCAACAUCGAGUAAUAAGAAGUUGUCCGAGGCCUUGAAGAAGAUUCGAUGGAUUUCAACCGAGGAUUUAAAGGGCAAGAAAAUGAAAAUGCAAGUGGAAAAUGUGAAUUUUGGUUACAAUGGUUGCAAUGUUGAUGAUGUGUACUUGAUUCAGUACACUUCUGGUACAACUGCUAUUCCUAAGCCUGUUUUAGUGACUGCAGGCUCUGCAGCUCAUAACGUCAGAGUCGCGAGGAAAGCUUAUGAUUUACACCCGAGUACUGUUGUUGUUUCGUGGUUACCUCAGUACCGUGAUUGUGGACUUAUGUUUUUGUUGUUGACGAUUGUUUCAGGGGCAACGUGUGUGUUGACAUCCCCGAAUACAUUUGUCAAUCGUCCUAGGGUUUGGCUUGAAUUGAUAGCAGAGUUCAAGGCAACUUGCACUCCUGUUCCUUCAUUUGCUUUGCCUCUCGUGUUGAAACGUGGUCAUACUGAGGUAACUGUUACAGGAACUGUUAACAAUCCUAUUAGUAUGUUGAGCUUGAUGAAUUUGAUCAUCGUUAACGAGCCAAUUUACAAUGAUUCUAUUGAAGAAUUUGUUGAAGUUUUUAGGCCUUUUGGGCUAAAUCCUUUGGCAAUUUCUCCUUCAUAUGGCUUAGCUGAGAAUGGCACGUUUGUUUCAACAUCAUGGAGAAGUAGUAGUUUUAACAAAUUUUCGACGUAUAAAAAGCUCUUGCCAAGUGCUAGGCUUGAUGAAGACCAAGUAGACAUUGAAAUUCUUGUUGUAAAUGGAGAUACAAAUGAGAUUGUUGAAGAUGGAACUGAAGGUGAAAUAUGGAUUUCAUCUCCUAGCAAUGCUAUUGGAUAUUUAGCACAUCCCUCUCUAACUCAACAAGUGUUCAACGCCACGCUUAAAAACAAGGCGGGAAAAUGCUAUGUUCGAACAGGGGAUAGAGGAGUUAUCGAAGGAGAAGAGAGAUUUUUAUACGUUACAGGACGAUGUUCAGAUGUUAUUAAACUCUCAAACGGACAAGAAAUACAUCCACAUUAUUUGGAGACAUUAGCUCAUAACAGUUGUCCAAAUUUCCUGAGAGGUGGUUGUGUUGCAGCAUUCGAGAUGUCUGAAUCUGAAUACACAUCUGUAGUAGCUGUUGUCGCGGAGGUACAAAGCAAAGGUGAAAUAGAGAGUGAUAUGUUUUUGAAGCAAAUAUGUGAAGGAAUAAGAAAAAUAAUAUUGAAAGAAGAAGGUGUUGGAAUUGGACUUGUGGUACUUGUUAAAUUUGGAAAUGUACCAAAGACUACUUCUGGGAAAAUACAAAGAUGGCUUGCUAAGUAUAAAUUUGAGAAGUCACAAAUGAACAUUAUAAUGCAAAUGAAGUUUGAUAAUAAUGGUUAUAUUCAAAGCACAAUGCAAAAAAUGAUACAAAUUGGGAAAAAAGAGGCUAAAAAGGGAAAAAAAGUGCUAGUUGUUGAAGAAGAAGAAGGGCUAUUUUUUGCUCCAACAAAUAGGACUCUGAAAUCUUCUCUUUAAUAAAUUUAAUCAGAGGGUUAGUUCAGAAACUCUCUGAACUUUUAUCUGUCGUUUGGUACGUGAAAUAAGGUGAGAUAUUUCAGAAUUAAGUUUGAAAUUAAAUUUAUACUGUCAAUCAGAUACAUUUUAAAUCUAAUUUCAAACUUUAUGCUGAAUAUCCACUUU